CAACGCGAGUAUUGAAUUUGUGGGCACAAUUUGACAAUCAGAAGAAGAAGCAGCAUGAUGAGGCAAAAAGGAAGGCACCAUGGGAUGGUCAUCUUCUAUGAGAAGAUGCCAUCAGACUUAUCGAAGCGAAUUGUGAACAAGGUCGACAAGAUGCCAUCAGACUUAUCGAAGCGAAUUGUGAACAAGGUCGAUGGUGUCCCAACGAGAGCUCUGGUGACCAAGGUGCCCCCCAAGCCCACCAACCACUCUCGCUACACCAGCCGAUGUCGAAGGCCAAGGUGCACUGGUUGCCAUAGCCAUCCCGUCCAGAAGGCCCGACUCAAGACUAAAGGAAAGAACAAAGACCGUGAUCAAAAGCUUGUGUCGUCCGCAUUGACAGGGCCGGUAAGUGGACUCUUGGAUCUCUUGACUGAUCGUGAUUGGGAUAGUUAUGACGACGAUGGCAAUGAUGACAAUGAGAGUUGCCGCGAUGAAUGUGAAGAAAUGGUAGGCUUGGAAACGGGCACAGCGAGUGGCGAAAUAGCGUUGUAUGGAAAUGAUGAUGACGCAAUGGGAUUCUCCUUGGUGAGGUUUGUGUGGGAGUUGGAAGAUGGGGGAAAUUGGUGUGUUGUGGGAGAAGAUCUGUAAUGCCAUUAGUUGCUAUAACUCCACAAUGAAAGUGAAUUUAACAAACUAAAUAAAACAAUUUAUAAGUA